AUGUUUAAAUCAUUAACAAGAAUUGUUCAUGUCAGUCCACCAUUGAUUGGUAGAUUGACUGUGGGCUCAAUUGUAAAGAAUGGAAUGAUGAGACAAUCAUUGUGGGCUAGUUUUUUGAUUAACAAAAGAUUUGGUAGUGAUAUCUCCAACCUUAAAAAAGAAUCUGAUAAGAAUGAAGUAGAUGAUAGUUCUUCCACCACAGGUGUUGUAGAUUUAUCAUCAUCAGAAAUUCUUAUGUAUUAUGAUCAUAUAUACUCCAGUACUAUUUCAAAGUAUCGUAUCAAACAAUAUCUUGCUAUGCUUUUACCAGGUAAGAGCCAUGAAGAAUUAAAGGCUAAAGUUAAAGCAUUGUCAACUUCUGAAGAGAACCCUUUACCCGAAGAAGCUACCAUAUUGGAAUUUAUACCUGUUAGAAGAGAUGGUGGUGCUUUUGUUAAAUAUCAAGUACCACCCGGAAUGACAAAGAAGGAGCUUACUAAAAUCAUUGUGGAUAACAUGAAAUUCCAUAAAAUUACCUUUGAUCAGAACUUAUUCAAAAGAUACUAUAACCAACUUGUUCAUACAUAUCCUAAAUGCUAUGAAGUCAAAGGUACUCCAUGGAUUGAAGAUUUACAAAGAUUUCCUUCGUCUAUUUUAUCAGUCAAGUUUGAAGGAUCUGCUUUAACCGAAGAAGAAUUAUAUAUGCUUUUCAGAAGAUAUGGUAGAAUUAUUGAUAUUGAACCUGGUAGCCCAUCUACCAUCAAAUUCAGAUAUUUAAGAGCAGCCAUUUGUGCUAAAAAUUGUAUUACUGGUAUUUCCUUAGAUGGUGGUAAGACAACGUUGCAUUUACAAUAUCAACCUGAUCUUAAAGUCAAUAAGAUUGGAGAAUUCAUCAGUAAUCAUCAAAGAAUUGCCAUUCCAAUUAUCUUGGCUAUAAUUGCCGGGGUUGCUGUGUUAAUUUUCGAUCCUAUUAGACAGUUUUUCAUUGAAGAGAAGAUCGCUCAUAGAUUUUCUUUGAGUACUUAUAGAAAUAACCGGUACUUCAAGUUUAUUAUGGCACCUAUUCUCCAAGUAGAAAAAGUGUUUUUCAGUGGUUAUGAUUAUAUCGGAGAAAAGUUAAAUUCUGAAUGUCAGAAAGACGUUAUCAGUAACGAAAGUGAUUUGGAUGAUGAUUCUAGUAUUGAAGGUGAUAAUUUAUGGAAUGAGAGGUAUGAAAAGAUCAAACAACUCAAGUUAUGGAUUCUUGAAAAUGUAGGUACUUUCAUUAUCAUUAAUGGUCCUAAAGGUGCCGGUAAGAAAGAGUUAGUGAUUGAUAAUACUUUGAUGGAAGAUGAAAACUUGAGGAAAAAGAUCUUGUACUUGGAUGUCGAUGCUAUGGUAAAAUCACGAAGUGAAACCAAAUUAAUUGAAAAUGUUGCUAGUCAAUUGGGUUAUUUCCCUGUAUUUGGGUGGCUCAAUCUGAUGUCACAAUUUAUUGAUUUAGGGGUUCAAAGUUUCACUGGUCAAAAAUCAGGAUUAAGUGAAAGUAAAGAGACUCAAAUCAAGAACAUGUUUACAUUAGCAAGUCAAGCUAUCAAAUCAGUAGCUUUAAGUGAGUAUGAUUCUUACAAAGCUGAAGUUAUGAAAAAGAGAACCAGACAAGAACAUAGAUUAAGAGCUAAUCCUGAUUUGGAUAUCAAAUUAGAAGAAGUUAUGAAGGAAGAUGAAUAUUUACAACAACACCCUGAAGUCAAACCUAUUGUUGUCAUAAACAAAUUCAGUUCUAAAGCAGAUAAUCAUGAUUUUAUUUAUAAGAUGAUCAGUGAUUGGAGUGCCAGCUUGAUUCAAAGUAAUUUGGGUCAUGUGGUAUUCAUUACCAAUGAUAUUGGUUCACUCUCCCAUUUGAAUCAAGCAUUACCUAAUCAAGUGUUCAAAGUUCUUUCUUUAAACGAUGCCAAUGAGAAGGGAAGUUAUAAUUAUGUGAUGAAUCAAUUGAAAGAUUUGACAAGGUACGAAAAAUUUGAUUCUUCAUUGAUUUCUAAAUGUUUGAAACCUUUAGGUGGAAGAAUGUUAGAUUUACAAAGUUUUAUUAGACGUGUAAGAUCAGGUGAAAGUCCUCAAGAAGCUUUAGAUGAAUUGGUGAAUCAAGCUGUUGAACAAAUAACCAAUUUCUUCUUACAUAAUCUGACUACUAAAGACGAUACCAAUUUCAAGAAUUGGUCACCAACGGAAGUUUGGGAGUUGAUCAAGUUUUUAUCGAAUUCCGAUUCCAUCAGUUUCAAUGAAUUGACCAGCAAGUCAUCUUUAUUCAAGAAUGAUAAUUCUUCCUUGGAAGUUUUAUCAUCUUUGGAAAAAAAUGAUUUGAUUACUUUGAAACGUGAAAAGGGUGUUAUUCAUCAUAUUACUACUGGAAGACCAAUUUAUAAAGCUGCUUUUAAGAAUAUAAUCGAAGAUGAAGAGAUCUUUAGAGGUUUUGAAUCUAAUUUCUUGAGUAAUUUGAUUAGUGUUGAAACCACUAAAUUGAAGAAAUAUGAAGCAGAAUUAAGUUCAGUUGAUUUCGUGCAAUUGAAUAUCAAAAACAGAAUGAAAUAUCUUAUUGAUGGUAUUGAAGCAUCUAAUGAAAAGAUUAUUGGAUACGAAGCUAAGGUUAAAGAAUUGAAAACUAAAAAGAAAGAAGAGCCAUUUUGGAAAAUAGUUUGA